GUCACUUGACGUCGCGACGUCGCGUCGCGCGUCAUAACUUCCAACACAACCUGCCGCUUCCUGGCCGGCCCAGGCAGGCGCCUCAGGCCCCGCUCCAGCUCGUGAACCGUUACCCGCACAUCCUCAUCAUCAUCACCACCAUCAUCAUCAUCACCACCGCUCACCGGUCCGCGAGGAGCCGCCGCCGGUAUGAGUGAAUGAAACGGCCGGGAUCGAGGAGGAAGUCCCGGGACUGUGCUGCUCGCACCGGGGCUGGAGGAGAGCUCGAGGCUGAGGCGACGCGGCCGUGGUGAUGGUGUUGGACUCGGGGGAAGUCUUCAUGGAUCAGGUCGAGGUUGAAAGUGUCGGGAGCAGCCGGGCCCCGUUGGAGCCGGACGUGCCGCGGCCCAAAGCCGCCGCGUCCAGGAGGAGCGACGUUGCGAAGAAGGAGAAGGCGUCCCACAAUGGACUUCCGGCCCAGACGCACAGUGGCCAGGCGGCGCCGAGGAGGCCGUCCUCGGUGGCGGCGGUGGCACCGAGAGGCGGGGCCACGCCCAGGCCGCCGCUCCACCGGCCCCUCAGCCGCCGGCCCCUGAGCCUGGAGAUAACCCCCCAGCGUCUGCGGUGGCCCGAGGAGCCGAUGGCGGACGGGCGUGUCGUGCAGCCGCCCUGGCGGAGCGGCUCGGCCGCCCCGUCGCCCCCGACCCGCAGCCUGACCAGCCCCAGCCUGGGCGGCUGGAUGCGCCGCAGCGAGAGCACCUGCUCGGUCAACUACCCCCCGGGGCUCCGGGUCGGCGGGGGCCAGAUGAGACCCGCCACUUCCCUGCCGCACAUAGCGAGGAGGGAGGUGGGCAGGUCGCUGGCCGCCGCCCCCAGGCCCUGUCUGCUCGUCGCCCUGCGGCCCCUGAACCUGGAGCAGGAGAAGCGGACCUUCUUCCAGUCCGACUACAAGUACGAGCCUCAGUUCGAGUACUCGCAGCCGGAGCCCAGGAGCGUGUUGGACAAGUACCAAGAGGGUUCGGGCCUCUUCCUCGAACAGGCGGUGGGAAUCAUGGAGUGCGUCCUGAAGAAGUUCGGCUCCUACGAGAACUUCGAGGAGGUGACGGGCGGCAGCGUUCUCCCUAAAAGUCAAGUGUGGGCCGCUGUGCGCAAAUACCUGCAGAAAGAAGGCUGCGUGGGAGAGGUCGUGGUGCGUCUGUCUGACGAGCUGCUGUCUCAGGCGGUGAUGGUGGUGGAGAGCUGUCGCCCCACGCUGACCAUCAACCUGGCCGGAGCUCGACAGCACUGGCUGGAGGGGAUGCUGCGGCACGAGAUCGGCACACAUUACCUGCGGGGGGUGAACAACAACCUGCAGCCGUGGUGCACCGCCGACGGCAGGAAGCAGUUCGGCCUCAAGCCGGCCAAUCCCACGGAGGAGGGCCUGGCCAGCCUGCACAGCGUGCUGCUGCGGAAGCAGCCGUACCUGUGGCGCGCGGCGCUGCUCUACUACACAGUGUACCACGCCGCCAGCAUGAGCUUCGCACGGCUCUUCGGCCACAUCGCUCGCUUCGUCCAGGACCCGGACGUCCGCUGGGAGUACUGCCUGAGGGCCAAGAGGGGGCAGACGGACACCUCGCAGCCAGGGUGCUUCAGUAAAGACCAGGUCUAUCUGGAUGGGAUCCUCCGGAUCCUCCGACACCGAAGGACCAUCGACUUCAAGAUGUUGACUUCUUUAGGCAAAGUGUCUUUCGAAGACGUGGAGAUGUUGCGUCCUCUGGCGGUUCUCCCACGGACCAGAAUCCCGCACUUCAUGCGAGACCAGGUGCGCUACGUGCAACACCUGGACCACAUCGUCUCCGUCAACGACCUGGACGAUUCAGCGCUGCAACACUUGCUGCCCUGAACGCCCCCCCCCCCCCCCCCCCCCCCCUCCUUUAUCCCUGCACCACCUGAAUCCAAGAAGAGGAAGUGGAGGUACACGGACUGUUCACGUGGUGCAUUUAAUAUCAUUUUUUAAAAAUCCAGUAUUAUCAACGCUUUAUUUGAGCUACUUUCUUUUUUGUAAAACUUGAAUGAUACAAACAAAAAGGGACGUACACACUAACACCUCUAUCUCCUUUGUUUUCACUUUUAUCCAAUGCAUGCCCCCCCCCCCCCCCUCUUUGCCUUUGCUACUACUAUGAAGUUACCUCAAUACUGCAACUCUACGAUGUAACCGACAUUAUAUAUGUAGACUCGUACAUAAUCACCGCGUCCAGCACCUGUACAGGACACUGCUAACAUGUGGCAUACGGAUUUAAACAUGCUUUUAUUUAUGCAAUUAUUUAAGGUUUUUUCUUCUUUUUUACUUUGAGCAAACUGAAUGUCUCUGGUAUCAGCUUUAUACAUUUUUUUUUUUGUAUUCUAUUUUAGAUGGUAUUGUUUUUAUGCCUUUUUUUUUUUUUUUAGAUUGUUUGCAUUAAAAAAAAGGACACCAAGGACACAUUUAAAAAAACAAAAACCCAGGGGAGUGUCGCUUAGACCACGAAUCUUCAAGAUAUCAAGUGCCAGUAGACUCGGUCAAGUAUUCAAACGCUCCCCGGGGUUUUUUUUGUGUAAAGUAUCAGUGUUAUUAAAAGACGAUAAUCAGUUGUUACGGUCUUAACUGUCCUUGGUGGUCUUUUCACAUCAUGAUGCUACUGUGAUGUGAAGCCCCCCCCCCCUGCAGAAUCCAAACUUUCUCAUGCUACAUUUAAAGGAACAUCUUUUUGUUGCACAACGUUAGAUGAGAAGAUUGAUAUCAUUCUCGUGUCGCGGAGAAUAAAAAGUUAUU